GGUCCCAAAAUGAACCGAAGUGCAAUAAGUUCCUAGUACCACAUUCCCUUGUCUCUGCUUCCUCCGACAUUCUACCUCGGCCGCCUAACAUGCAUUCUUCCCACUACGUUCCACUAUUCUUUUUCCUCGUACACUUCCUUCCGCCUGCUUUACCUUCCAAGCUCGCCAAUUUGGCCUCUGAUCAAUCAGCUCUUCUUGCAUUCAAACACCAUGUCAACCCUCAAACCAUCUUAUCCCACAAUUGGACCGCCUCUGCCCCGGUCUGCAACUGGGUUGGUGUCUCUUGCAGUCCCCGCCAUGGCAGAAUCACAGCUUUGGAACUUCCCGACUUGUGUCUUCAAGGCACCAUCCCUCCAAAUCUAGAGAACCUAUCUUUCUUAGUCUCCCUUAACUUGAGCAACAACAGCUUCCAUGGCCAUCUCCCCAAAGAGCUCACCCGUUUGCGUAGACUCAAGUUCCUCGAUUUAUCUUUCAAUCAUUUGAGCGGUGAAAUCCCAUCAGAUUUUGGUGAUUUACCAAAGAUUCAAUCUUUAUUUCUCCGUAAUAACAGUUUGACUGGUACGAUUCCAGCUUCUCUCUUCAAUAUCUCAACUCUGGAGUCUCUGUCUUUGAGCUACAACUCCAUUCAAGGGAAGAUUCCGUCCAAGAUUUCUGAGCAUCCAAAUAUGAAAAUACUCGAUUUGGGAAAUAAUAAGUUAUCUGGGUCCAUACCUUCAGCCAUUUUUAAUGUAUCUUCCGUGAAAUAUAUGGAUUUGUCGUCUAAUAUGCUGUCGGGUAAAUUACCAGAUGGUAUGUGUGAUUCACUUCCGAAACUUGAGUUCCUAUCUGUGAGUGACAAUAAGUUAGAUGGGCAGAUUCCUCCCAGUCUUGGAAGAUGUGGGAAGCUUGAAAUUUUAGGACUUUCAAUCAACAGGUUUACAGGGAAAAUUCCAAGAAACGUAGGCAACUUGACCAAGCUCAAGGAAUUAUAUCUUGGUGACACAAAUCUAGAAGGUGAAAUCCCCCAGGAGAUUGGUAAACUUUUAAAUUUGGAGAUAUUUGCUGCAGAAAGUACUCGGGGCCUUACCGGUUCUAUUCCACCUUCCUUCUUCAACAUUUCUUCCUUCAUAGAGAUUUCCUUUCAAAACAAUAGUCUUUCUGGUGAGAUACCAAAUGAGGUUGGAAACUUACAGAAUCUCCAGUACUUGAAUAUUGGCGAAAACCAACUGGUAGGUCACAUACCUGCUGGCAUCUUCAAUAUCUCAACCAUGACCUUCCUGUACCUACAAAAUAACUUCUUAUCAGGCUCACUUCCAUCAACUAUAGGCCUUGGCCUACCAAAUCUUGAGGAGAUCUUUCUGUGGGAAAACAGUCUCACUGGAAUAAUUCCAGAAUCCAUCUCCAAUGCUUCUGUUCUCACUAUUCUGGACUUGGCUCAGAACUCAUUUUCAGGUCAGUUUCCUAGCACACUUGGAAAUCUUAGAUUCCUCAGGUUGCUUUAUCUUGACAGUAACAACUUGACCACUAAAUCUUCUAAUGGCGAAUUUAGAGGCCUCUCAUCUCUGUCAAAUUGCAGAGACUUAAAAACUUUAGAGAUUUCAAAUAAUCCCUUGAAUUGUAGUCUUCCAACUUCCAUUGGUAAUCUCUCUACAACCCUUCUAUACUUCCAUGCCAAUAACUGUAAACUCAAGGGUCAUAUUCCCAUGGAAAUUGGUAAUCUAAGCAACACAAUCAUGUUGGCCUUGCAACAAAAUGAAUUAGUGGGGUCUAUUCCAACAUCUGUUGGAAGAUUACAGAACCUUCAAGACUUGCGUCUUUCUAUAAAUAAGUUACAGGGGUCUGUCCCUGGGGAUUUGUGUCAUUUAAAAAACCUGGAUGCAUUGUCAUUACAUGAUAAUAAUCUUUCAGGAGAGAUACCCACAUGCCUAUCCAGUAUGGAUUCUCUUAGAUAUCUCUAUUUAGACUCCAACAACUUCAACUCCUCCAUACCUAUUAGCUUGUGGAGCCUUACCUUCAUCCUGGAAGUAAACUUGUCCUCAAACUAUUUAACUGGCCCUCUCUCAGUAGAUGCUGGAAACCUGAAAGUUAUGACAGAGUUUGAUUUAUCAAGAAAUCACAUAUCAGGUAAUAUACCUAGCAGCAUUGGAGCUUUGAAGGAUCUUAGCUAUCUUUCACUAGCAAAUAAUGGCUUUCAGGGUCCUAUUCCUCGAUCAUUUGGAAACUUGAUAAGUUUGGAAUUCUUGGAUCUCUCUAGCAACAAACUUUCUGGGGUGAUUCCCAAAUCUUUAGAGGCACUCUCAUCUCUCAAAGAGUUUAAUGUGUCUGCCAAUAGGCUAGAAGGAGAGAUUCCUUCAGGAGGACCUUUUCGAAACUUCUCACAGCAAUCUUUUCUGCACAAUUAUGGCCUGUGUGGUUUGCCUCGAUUACGAGUUCCACCCUGCAAAACUGCUGGCUCUCUCGAAGGAUCUAAGAAAGCUACUUCCGCUGUAUUGAAAUAUAUUUUACCAGUUAUUUCAUCAGUAAUAUUGUUGGUACUAGUGGCCUUUGUUGUCAUCGUUACAAGGUCUCGUAAGCAAGUGGAUGUACCAGAUCAAGGAAGUUCCUUACGUCGUGCAACAUGGAGAAGGAUUUCUUACAUAGAGCUUCGACGAGCCACUGAUGGAUUUAGUGAAAGCAACUUGCUUGGCAUGGGGAGUUUUGGUUCAGUGUAUAAAGGGGAACUUUCAAAUGGAACUACAGAUACCGUUGCAGUAAAAGUUUUCAAUUUGCAAUUUGAGGGAGCCUUCAAAAGUUUUGAUGUUGAAACUGAUAUCAUGCGCAAAAUUUGCCAUAGGAAUCUUGUCAAAAUCAUUAGCUGCUGCUGCAGUGGUGAUUUUAAGGCCCUGGUUCUUGAGUUUAUGCCUAAUCGAAGUUUAGAAAGCUGGUUGUAUUCUCCGGACAGGGGUCUAAAUAUCCUAGAAAGGCUGAAUAUAAUGAUCGAUGUUGCAUCAGCUCUAGAAUAUCUACAUCAUGGUCAUUCAACCCCCAUUGUUCAUUGUGAUUUGAAGCCAAGCAAUGUGCUACUAGACAAAGAUAUGGUCGCCCAUGUGAGCGAUUUCGGCAUAGCAAAACUGUUAGGAGGAGAAGAGUCCAUCAGGCAAACCUUGACGCUUGCAACUAUUGGCUAUAUGGCUCCAGAGUACGGAACCAUGGGGAUGGUUUCUACCAAAUGCGAUAUCUAUAGCUUCGGAAUUCUGCUGAUGGAGACAUUCACAAGAAAGAAGCCUACGGAUGAAAUGUUUGCAGGAGAACUGAACUUGAGGAGCUGGGUGGAAAUGUCGAUUUCUAUUGCAGAUAAAACAAGCUGUGAUGUUAUGGAUGCUUGUUUGUUGCAGGAAAAUGAGAAGCAUUUGGAAGCUAGAAUUGAAUGUAUGUGUUUGGUUUUAAGAUUAGCUUUGGAUUGCUCUGCAGAGUCAGCUGAAGAUAGAGAGAAUAUGACAGAGGUUUUAGCAGCGCUAAAGAAGAUUAGACAGAGGUUUCAGAAGAAUACUGGACGGAGACGGUGACUAAAACCAAACAUGCUAUUUAAGUGACACUAUGAUUUCCAUAUAUAUAUAUAUAUAUACAUUCUCAUGGAUAUUAUAUAUUGGCGAGUUUGAGUUUGACUUUCUAAAACUCAUUGAACUGGUGCCGUUACGUGUGUCGUAUUUAUAGUGACAAGUCGUGUUUAGAUUUGGUAAAA